CUCCGGGCGGCCGUGACCGUGCUGGAGUCAGAGGGAGACCUCCAGAUCCCCGGGGGGUCCCUGACUCUGCUCUGCCGCGGGAAUGGAUUCUCUUUGGGGGAUUAUGGAAUGUUCUGGACCCGCCAGAGCCCUGGGAAGGCGCUGGAAUGGGUCGCAGGGAUCAAGAACGAUGGCAGUUACACCCGGUACGUGCCGUCGGUGCAGGGUCGGUUCACGAUCUCCAGGGACAACGGGCAGAGCUCGGUGACGCUGACCAUGAACAACCUCAAGGACGAGGAUUCCGCCGUUUAUUUCUGCGGUAAAAGUGCUGGUGCUGCUGGUGACCACGCUGUUGCUGAAUCUGUUGAUGGGGGGACAUCCAGCCCCCCGGGGGGGUCCCUGACUCUGCUCUGCCGUGCCUCGGGAUUCGAUUUCGGGACUUAUGACAUGUACUGGAUCCGACAACAACCUGGAAAGGCGCUGGAAUACGUUGCACUGAUCACCUACACUGGCAGUGCCUACUAUGCGCCAUCAGUGCCGGGCCGGUUCUCGAUCUCCAGGGACAACGGGCAGAGCUCGGUGACGCUGACCAUGAACAACCUCAAGGACGAGGAUUCCGCUGUUUAUUUCUGCGCCAAAUGUUACAGCUGGAAUUGUCACUAUGCUAUCGAGAACUGCCCCUUGACAGACGGCGAGUAG